AUGAAGAGACACGCAAUGGGCUUCCGGCAAAACAACUAUGAUGUGUGUGAGCGAGUGUACAGCCCGGCAGCUUCUGUGGCAUCCAAGACCACCAAAGUGGAAGUCGCCUGCACUGGCGAGAAGGCGGUAGCAGGGGCAGUGAAAUUCAACCGGCGCUUGAUGAAGAUCGCGGGGCUUGGCCUCUUUGCGAUCGUCUUCAUCUUUGCCUUUAUCGGGUGGCCGAGCAGCGUCAUCGACAAUGACGACACGCACAGGAAAAUCCUUGCAGCAGUUUUCCUGACCGGCAUUUCGCUGGUGGCGUUGGAGGAUGUGAUCAGACUGGACAAGUCAGCCAUCAUGCUGGUCUUGGCAUCUGUGAUGUGGACCUACCACGCUGCUGGCUAUCAUCCCACCUUGUCCAUGGAGGGUCAUCACGAGCUACAGGAGGAGCUGUCGAAGGGCCUGGCGGAUGUGGGCAGCGUCAUCUUGUUCCUUCUGCCCGCCAUGGCGAUCGUCGAAUCCAUCGAUCACAUGGACGGCUUUGCCGUGGUGACCGCUUUCAUUGUGCGGCACACCAGGGAGAAGGCGGAUCGGCUCAUGCCCAUGAUUUGCUUCCUAGCCUUCUUCCUGAGUGCUGUCAUCGACAAUCUGACAGCUACAAUUGUUUGCAUCAAGAUUCUGCAGAGAGUAGUCCCCCACAAGCAGGAUUGGCGGCACUCCUGCGGAGGUCUUGCAGUUGUCGCCGCCAAUGCUGGAGGCGCUUGGAGCCCCAUCGGUGACGUCACCACCACCAUGCUGUGGAUCCGCCACAAGAUCUCCACAGCAGGCACCGUGACCUGGCUCUUCCUGCCCUCCUUCGUGGCGGCGGUGCUGCCGUUGUUCGGCAUUUGGUGGCAGGCCAAGCGCUGCGGCCCGCAGCACGAGAGGGAGGCGGAGCAGAAGGCGAGCGCGCCGAUGGCGGCCUCUCGGGAGAGCAUCACCUCGCUGAUCGUGGGUAUGUGCUGCAUUCUGACUGUGCCGGUGGUGAAGAUGGUGACAGGUUUGCCGCCAUAUCUGGGCAUGAUGAUGGCCCUCGGCAUCUUCUGGCUGAUUUCCGAGAUCACCGGCCUAGGGGAAACUGCGCAUGCCGACGAGGAAUCAGUUACCAUCGAGAUCCAGAAGCACGGUGUGCCCGCCGCGCUGCACAAGGUGGACCUCAGCAGCCUCCUCUUCUUCACCGGGGUGCUCCUCUCCGUGGCAUCCCUGGAAUCCGCAGAGGUGCUCUCGCGAUACGCGGAGUUCAUGAAUGACAUCACCAACGGCAGCCCGCUGACUCUUUCCAUCCUGCUGGGUGUGUCGUCCUCCGUGGUGGAUAACGUGCCAUUGGUGCAGGCGUCCAUCGAGAUGUUCCAUAAGCCCAUGGACGAUCCCCUCUGGCAAUUGGUGGCCCUUGCAGCGGGCACAGGUGGCUCCAUGCUGGCGGUGGGCAGCGUGGCAGGCGUGACCUUGAUGGGCCUGGAGGGCGUGGGCUUCUUGUGGUACAUGCGCCGCAUCUCCUUCUGGGCGGCCCUGGGCUUCGUGGGGGGCGUCGGGACCUACGCCCUGCAGCGCAUGGCCUUCGGAUGA